AUGCAAAGCUCAAAAUCGUUUCUAAUACGCGAUCUACUCGGUGACCUAAUCAAUCGUCGGCAAACGGAUUCCGAAAUCGAAUUGUCCAACGAUGACUCGGACAUAGACAUUGAGGAUCGGUCCACGCCCGACUCGACGGCUCAUGGCUGCCAGCAGGAGUUGCUGCUGUCGCAUCACUACAGCCACCACGAGGAGUCGAGCGUGGGUUCCUGCGGCACUGUUACACCUGGACCGGGCUCUGGUUCUGGUGCCGGCUUAAGCGCGGCAGCCGCUGCAGCGGGCAUGGCGGCGGGCUUGCUGGCUGCAGCAGCUGUGGGCGGUGGCUCAGGUGCGGCAGGUGGUGGCUCGGGCGGCGACAAUGCCGUUGGCAGCGGCAGCUAUGCCGAGCACAAGCUGCAGUUGAGCAAGAGCGGACGGAAGCCGCGACGUCGACGCACAGCGUUCACGCACGCGCAGCUGGCCUAUUUGGAGCGCAAAUUUCGCUGUCAGAAGUAUUUGAGCGUCGCCGAUCGCAGCGAUGUGGCCGAGACGCUGAGCCUCUCAGAGACACAGGUGAAGACCUGGUAUCAAAAUCGACGCACUAAGUGGAAGCGACAGAAUCAACUGCGUUUGGAGCAACUGCGCCAUCAGGCCACCUUGGAGAAGGACUUUGUGGUGCAGGAGAAUGGCGGCGGCAAUGCGCUCGGCUGCUGUCCCAGCGGCUUGUCUAGCUCGUUCAGUGCAGCCGCCGCCGCCGCUGCUGCCGCUGCCGCUGGCAAUCCGUGCAACUUCUUGACCUCAGCCGCAGCGGCUGCUAUAUUCCGCAAUGUGAGCUACGUGCACGGCUGUCCCAUGUAG